UUUUGAUUGUUUAUCGAUCAUAUCUGACACGCGAUUCCUAACUUAGCAAAAAUGCUAAUCUACUAGCUAUAAAAGGGACACCAAGCCACCUAAAGAUCACUCGCAACCAUGAAGUCUUUCAUAGUAGUCGCCCUCCUAGUAGCAUCAGCUUCAGCCACUCCGGCUUUCGUGCCGGCCAAAAACCUGCUCCCUGACGGCAGAAUCGUCGGCGGUUCAGACAUCGACAUCUCCCAAGUACCCUGGCAAAUCUCCCUCCAGUACUACGGCUCCCACAUCUGCGGCGGUUCCAUAAUUUCGGAAAAGUGGGUCGUCACGGCCGCCCACUGCACCGACGGAUCCAGCGAACAAGACCUCAACAUCCGUGUCGGCACCUCCACUCUAGAAUCCGGCGGCCAAGAAGUCGACAUCGCCAAAAUCCACCAAAACCCCAAAUUCGACGACUACAACAUCGACUGGGACAUCUCCCUGCUCGAACUAGCUUCCCCCAUCGAUCUGAGUGGUAACGCCGCUGCGGUUAACCUCCCGGAGGCCGGCCAGACCUGGCCUGAAGGUACCGAGACUCUCGUCAGCGGCUGGGGAACCACCUCAGAAGACGCCGUUAACCUCCCGAACCAACUCCAAGGAGUCAACGUGGACAUUGUCAGCUCCUCGACUUGCAACGAUGCUUAUGGAGACGGGAGCAUCACCGACAGGAUGCUGUGCGCUGGUGUCAACGGUGGCGGAAAAGACUCCUGCCAAGGAGACUCCGGCGGCCCCUUGGUCGUGGGAGAUAUUCUAGCCGGGAUCGUCUCGUGGGGGUAUGGGUGCGCAAGGGCCGGGUAUCCCGGAGUCUACGGCAACGUGGCGGCGAUGCGCGAUUUUAUCACAGACACAACAAUCCAAGGAUCACUCACAACAAUGAGGUCCUUCAUACUCGUCGCCCUCCUAGUGGCAUCAGCUUUCACCACUCCACUUUUUCCGCCCGCUAAAAACCUCCUCCCUGAUGGCAGAAUCAUCGGAGGCGCAAACAUCGACAUCUCCGAAGUACCCUGGCAGGUCUCCGUCCAGUUCUACGGCGCCCACAUCUGCGGCGGUUCCAUACUGUCGCAAACCUGGGUCAUCACGGCCGCCCACUGCACCGACGGAAUCACCUCCAGACAGCUGACCAUCCGUGCCGGCACCUCCACCCUAGAAUCCGACGGCCAGGAAGUCAACGUCGCCAGAAUCUACCAACACCCGGACUACGACCGCGAUACCAUCGACUGGGAUAUCUCCCUCCUCCAACUAUCUGCCCUCAUCGACCUCAACGCAAACGCUCUGGAGAUUGUCCUCCCGCAAGCUGGAACAACCUGGCUUGAAGGUACCACGACCCUUGUAACCGGCUGGGGGACGACCGAAGAAGACGGCGACGCCCUCUCUAACCAUCUUCAAGCGGUUAACGUGGAUAUAGUCAGCCCCGCGGCUUGCAAAGCGGCUUAUGGGGCCGGAAGCAUCACCGAGAGGAUGCUGUGCGCUGGAGUCAGCGGAGGCGGCCAGGACGCCUGCCAGGGAGACUCGGGAGGGCCCUUGGCAGUAGGGUUUUUGCUAGGCGGGAUAGUUUCAUGGGGAUAUGGGUGCGGUAGGCUCGGGUAUCCCGGUGUCUAUGGGAACGUGGCGGCGAUGCGCGACUAUAUCAAAGAAACUGCAGGACUCUGA